GUAAUAUAGAGCUCUAAGCACAUGUUUAAAUACUACGAAGUGUUCAGUGAUAUCGUAUAUAAUAUACCAACCAGGCUUAACGGUGUUACCUUGUCCUCUAUAUUCUCGUCACCCGAAUCGCUAGGCCGACCGCCGGUUCCGUAGGAGCCCGACGGUGCCAAAACAUUGGUAGCAGAGCGUGGUUACUCCACAAUUAAAGUUGUUAGCGUUUCUGGUGUACGCAAAUAGGGGUAUACUCGGUUGAUGGUCGGGCGUGACAUUGUUUUGAUCCCAAGCCGCAGUGCUGCUCAAGCUGUAACGUAGUAUAAUACGUGUAUUAUACGCGUCAAUGUCAUUAUAAUAGAGGUAUUGUGAUUAACAUUAUUGUCUAUUAGCUGGUGCAGCGACCUAUCUGUUGAUUAUUAUUAUUCUAGGUUGUGUAUUACGUAUAUUGUUGCCAGUAGGCCUAGGACGAAGACGUCGGGUAGAUAGUAAUACGACCCAUUGGCUACAUACAUUACAUGCUGGUAUUAUUGUUGUGGUGCACAGAUUAGUCUCUCCCUCCUAGGAAUUUUAUUAUCCUAUACUGUUCGUUACGCAGGUGUCGUUGGGUCAGGUGCUGAUUUAGGUUGUCGUACUCUGUACUUAUUGUUAUAUUGAAUCGUUUCCUAUCGUCUUCGGUUAACUGAGCGAGAAUGCCCGGGUCAGAGAAAGAGGCCGUGGAGCGCGAACUUCGAGUGUUACAAAGGGCGAAGACCAUCGCGAUGCUAAAUCGCGAUAGCACAUUGAAUCGUAUGAGGGCCAUAGCCGACGUGGCGUCUCGACUCAAGGAGGAACCCGAGUUGAAGCCCAAACUGUUAACGGCCGCCCGUGAUUUAGAUUCGCUAUGGGAUACAUUCAUGCAACAUAAUGAGGCCGUUUUGAAUGCGUUACUAGAUUUAGACUUGGCCUCAGAAUACUCCACCACGCUGGAAACGGAGGUUCGUACGUUGUACUUUGAUGCCCGUGCAAUAGUGGAAGAAUUUGCCCCCUUGCCCAUCGAGAGGGCCUUGUCACAUGGUACCGGUCACUUAUCGGGAUCACGCCAUUCCCUCCUGUCAGGUCGUCCUUCACGGCGUUCUCGGCUCCCAGAAAUCCCACUGCCGUCCUUUAGCGGCGAGUUAUGUGGCUGGCCGGCGUUCCGCGACCGCUUUACAGAUCUAGUCGUGCUAGAUGAGGAGUUAACGGAUAGCGACCGCUUCUAUUAUUUGCUCGGUUGUCUCCGUGGCGACGCGUUGAGUGCCAUUAGCUCCAUAUCGGUAUCUGAUGGAACAUACGAUCUCGCUUGGGCCACGCUGGUCGAGCGGUUUGAUAAACCGAGGCAGUUGGCUUCUUUGAUUAUCGAUAAACUAAUGUCAGCUCCGAUACAGUCCCAGGAGUCUCUGAGCGGGCUGAAAGAAUUUCUUGCGCUAUUCUCUGACCAGGUGGCGAUGUUACACACACUGCGUAUUCCAAACCUUGGUGAAUUUAUAUUGUUCUCUCUGGCUUCCCGCUGCUUGCCGUAUUCCACUAGGAAGGAUUUCGAAGCCGCAAACAAACAGAAUGUUCCUGCUAUUUUGGACAUGGUUGGGUACAUCAAAGACCGCGUGAGCCUGUUAGAGGCCGUGAACUUUUCGAAGGGCUCGAGCGGCGCUCCACCAACUCAGGACCGUGCGAAGUCCGUGCCGCCACACUCUGCUGGCCGGAAACCAAAGGUCGUGAUGAUUGCCUCAAAAUCGAUAGGUACUGCCCCUCCAAAAUGUCUUUUCUGUUCGGGCGAACACGUCACUACAUCUUGCAACGCGUUUACCAAAAUGUCAGUCAAUGACCGUGUUUCGGCUGCACGUGAUAAACGACUGUGUUUCCGGUGUCUCAUCUCCACCCAUUGGUCCACAAAAUGCAGAGUAUCCAAGCCGUGUUCCCGGUGCCAUGGUCGCCACCAUACCCUACUUCAUAAGGACAACGAUGCAGAGGCACAACCUAUCGCCUCGACAAGUGCCUGCCACGUCAGCUCAUCGAAACAGCCUGCCGCAUUGUUGGGGACUGCGGUAGUUCACGUGCGUGAUCGGUAUGGAUGCAUGCAACCGGUACGUGCCUUAAUCGAUUCAGGGUCUCAGAUAAGCAUCAUGUCAGUUCCAUGUGUCGAACGGUUGGGGUUGAAGUGUAAUAAGUGGACUGCCCCCUUGACAGGCGUGUCCGGUGCAGCAGUUCUACAGGUAAAAGGUCGAGUUGACUGCUUCAUUACGCCCAGGUAUAACGACGAGCAUUCUAUCAAGCUACAGGCUUGGGUCCUACCCAAGAUCACCAGCGACAUGCCAGCACAACCGUUGCCGCCGCAACUGGUGAACAAGUUUUCCCACUUGGCGUUAGCUGACCCGCAGUUUGAUUGCACCGCUCCAGUUGAGUUAUUAUUAGGAGCUGACGUAUUUUCCCGAGUGAUGGAUGGGAAACGCGUUCUAUUGGAUCCCUCGUUACCAGCGGCCUAUGGAUCGAUCUUUGGGUGGAUCGUUAUCGGUCCUGUUCCCGAGGUGGCACCUGAUACUUAUCGGUCUCACAUUGCUGUCACCCUUUCCGUGUCACUUGAGGAUAUGGUCCAUCGUUUCUGGCAAGUGGAAGAACCCGAUACAGCUCCGGCCACGUUCCAUGACGAGGGCCAAUGCGAAGCGGUCUAUAGCGCCGAGCGGUAUCGUGACACCAAUGGACGAUAUGUAGUUCCUUUGCCGUUCAAGCCCCUCCAUCGCGACGAGUUAUUCCCUGGGUCUCGUCAAAUCGCCAUACGCCGCUUCCAGAACCUGGAACGAAAGCUCCAGGCCGACGAAGGACUUUACGCUGCGUACAAAGAGUUCAUGUCAGAUUACGAAUCUUUGGGACACAUGACUAUCGCUGAUGAAGUCGGGACGUACUACAUACCCCACCACCCGGUCUUUAAUGCGGCACGUAAAAUACGAGUGGUAUUUGACGCCUCCGCCAAGGCCAGCUCGCACCUAUCGCUGAACCAAUGCUUGCACACCGGGCCGAAGUUGCAGCUAGAUAUUCUGGACAUUCUUACUCGUUUCCGUCUUCAUAAAUACGUUUUCACCGCCGACGUGUGUAAAAUGUACCGGCAAAUCCUCAUGCGCCCGGAAUACCGGUGCUUCCAACACAUCUUUUGGCGGUCGUCACCAGUGGAGGAGUUAAAAGAAUAUCAGCUCAACACCGUCACGUAUGGAGUCAAUUGCGCCCCUUUCUUGGCGUUACGUGUACUGAAGGACAUCGCUGAUAACGAGUGCAAUGG